CACCAUCGAUCUCAUAAUAAACAAAAGCCUAUAGUAAGAUUGAAAAACAACAAUAUAAAAACUUAUCUACCUAUAGUCCUAUACAAAGAUAUUGUGACACAAUGAGCACUUCCAUUGGAAUUUCAGGUUUGGCUCAUUUGUUUGGCAUCGUCUCCAUCAUACUCUUACUUGUUUGGUUGUUGCACUAUCGUGAAGGGAUCGACUAUGAUUCCGACGAUGGACUUCGCGUCUUCAAUGUGCAUCCUUUGAUGAUGUUCUUGGGUUUUAUUUUCCUUGUUGGUGAAGGUGUAAUGGCGUUCCAAACGGUACCAAACCAACCACCUGUGCCAAAGUUUGUCCAUAUGACAUUGAACUUGAUGGCUAUUGUUUUUGGCAUAGUUGGUCUAUGUGCAGUUUUCAAGUUCCACAACAUGCGAAACAUUGCCGACGUUUAUAGCCUUCAUUCAUGGAUUGGCAUUAGCACCUUCUGCUUGUUUGGUUUGCAGUGGCUAUUUGGUUUUGUAACUUUCUUGUUUCCUGGAGCACAAGGUCUAACAAGAGAUAGGGUGCUUCCAUGGCAUAGAGCUGGAGGUAGAGUGCUACUUUUUAUGGCCAUAUGUGCUGCAGAGACAGGGUUAAUGGAGAAGGCUGGUUUCUUACAACUAAAAGCAUAUGACAGAGAAACUAAUUUGGUCAAUUUUCUAGGUCUUACGAUUCUCUUGUUUGGUGUAUUUGUAAACAUGUCUGUUGGUCUUCGUAAAUUAGUUUGAUAUGAAUGCAUUUCGUGUUACAAAUAAACUAAAGAACAUGAGUGACAGUGUAUUGUUUUCUUGUUUUUAAUUGUAAGGUUUCUGUGUUAUCCUAUUUCCUAUUGUGCUGGGAAGAUAAAUCUAUUCAUUCUUUGCAAUAUUAGAAAGGCAGAA